AUAUAGAAGCUAGCACUGCAUGUGUGUGUUUGUGUGCAUGUGUUUCUCCUAUGCUGACUCAUGGCAUUGAAGCCUCUCUGGAAACACCCCCACCCUUCUAGCCAGCCAGUUUAUACACAGCCCUUUGGCUCCUCCUUGAUUUAAAUAUUAGGUCAGGAGGAAGAAGGAAAACGAAUUCAAGAGCUGCACUUAAGCAUCUAGAAUUUUCUGCGUCACACCUCUUGAGAGAAGAGACUGGCUCCAGGUCUGACUCAGUCCACUGCAAACUAGACUCUCUUCUUAAAGCACCAACAUUACUUGAGUCUUUGCAUAAAAUUGAGAAAAGAGUCUACAAGUAUUGUGGACUCUACAGGAGGCUGACAACUGGCAGUAAAGACAAAGAUGUCAGGCCUGAGGCCCAGCACUCAAGUGGACCCUGAGAUUGAGCUUUUUGUAAAGGCUGGAAGUGAUGGAGAGAGUAUUGGAAACUGUCCCUUUUGCCAACGCCUUUUCAUGAUCCUCUGGCUUAAAGGAGUUAAAUUUAAUGUGACAACGGUUGACAUGACCAGAAAGCCUGAAGAACUGAAGGACUUAGCCCCAGGUACUAAUCCUCCAUUCCUGGUGUAUAACAAGGAGUUGAAAACAGACUUCAUUAAAAUUGAGGAGUUUCUAGAACAGACCCUGGCUCCUCCAAGGUACCCUCACCUGAGUCCCAAGUACAAGGAGUCUUUUGAUGUGGGCUGUAACCUCUUUGCCAAGUUUUCUGCAUACAUUAAGAAUACGCAAAAGGAGGCAAAUAAGAAUUUUGAAAAAUCUCUGCUCAAAGAAUUCAAGCGUCUGGAUGACUACUUAAACACCCCACUUCUGGAUGAAAUUGAUCCAGACAGUGCUGAGGAACCCACAGUUUCCAGAAGACUAUUCUUGGAUGGGGAUCAGCUAACACUGGCUGAUUGUAGCUUGUUACCCAAGCUGAAUAUUAUUAAAGUUGCUGCCAAGAAAUAUCGUGACUUUGACAUUCCAGCAGAAUUCUCAGGAGUCUGGCGUUAUCUCCACAAUGCCUAUGCCCGUGAAGAAUUUACCCACACGUGUCCUGAAGACAAAGAAAUUGAAAAUACUUAUGCAAAUGUAGCUAAACAGAAGAGUUAGGACAGCUCUUACAGGAGAAAAGGCUGUAUUUGUGAUCAGAUUUUACUUAAUGACAUAUUAGAAAAGCUUUUGCAAAUAAGAAUAUGAAAAAUACUGUUUCUUCUGUCCAACUCUCUUAUGAAAAGGAACUCUGUAUUUUCUGUUACCCAUAAACAAUCUGUCCACUGUAUUUUACAGGUGUUCACACUUUUACUUAAUUUUCUUUAUUUGUAUGGCAAACCACUGCAAUCCUGAAUGACAUGGAAAGCAUCACGAUCUUUUGCCCUUUGCUUGAAUUCCUGGAAUGCAUACAUAUAAGCUAAACAGAUGUCUGCAGUUAUAAAUGUCAUAAGUAGAGGUACAAUCUCACCCUGCUCCUUAGAAACAUUUCCAUAUAAAUUGCUAAAAUAAUUCCACAUUUUUGUUAGUUUAAUAUAUACAUGAGUUUAUUUCUGAUACAAAUAACAAAUUCAGAGAGUGAGCAUAUCAGAGAGGCAGAUUCUAAAAGAAUGAUUUUUAAAAUCAGCUCCAGGAAGAGAUCAAGAUCAAUUGGUCGUAGAACAGCAUUUGACGCCUAGAACUAUGACCAUCUCAUGGCCAGAGAUGAGAAUGUAGCCUUUGUGACCAGAUUAUAUUAUUUUUAAAUGAAGAAGCACUCAUUAAAUAAAACAUAAUUUUAAAAGACCAGAAACGAAGUCAACUGAAUCUUUUAUUCAUAGAAAUGAAAAGGAAAAUAAGAAAUGUGGCUGA